AUGAUGAGGUGGUCCGAAUUCCUUGCUGCAUACAACUACGAAUUAAUCUACUGGCCUGGAAAGAACAUAACACACGCUGACGCCCUGAGCCAUUCUCCACUACCUGAGUUAGAUGAUGAUCCAGCACCAACCAUAUCAACCCUGCACAUCAAGACGCUGGCAAACCUACCCAUAACAGCAACAGACAUUGCGGAGGAAACUGCAAGAGACAGAAACCUGGUGCGGAUUUUAAAUUGGGUAGUUAAAGGGUGGCCAGAGACCAAAAGUGAUGAGACUGUUAAACCAUUUUGGCAUAGACAAACUGAACUAUCUAUUUUAAAAGGAUGUGUCUUAUGGGGGGAUAGAGUGAUCAUACUGGACAUAUUGAGGGAACAAAUACUUAAAUUAUUGCAUGACGGUCACCCGUGUAUUGUCCGAAUGAAGUCCCUGGCCAGGAGUUAUGUAUGGUGGCCAGGGAUGGAUACAGAUAUAGGGAAAUGGGUAGCAAUGUGCAAACAAUACCAAGAAUCUAGACCUGCACCCCCUUCUGCACCUACACUUGACUGGGAAACACCUAGGGGCCCAUGGUCUAGAAUACACAUUGAUUUUGCUGGACCAACUAAAGGACACACAUUCUUAAUAGUGGUAGACGCCUACUCAAAUUGGCUAGAGGUAAGCAUUAUGCACUCAACCACAACAGAAGCUGUUAUUAGACAACUAAGAAAGCUUUUUGCAAUGCAUGGAUUGCCGGAUUUAGUUGUAUCUGAUAACGGACCACAAUUCACUGCACUAACAUUUGAGAGGUUCCUGGCUGAACAAGGCAUAAGACACGCUUUAACAGCGCUGGGUCAGCCGGCUACAAAAGGACGCGCAGAACGCACAGUCCGUUAUACUAAGAAAACACUAUACAAGCUAGAAUCUGGAGAUAUCCAGGAAAAAAUAUAUAAAUUGUUAAUGAUACAGCACAUUGUGCCAAACACCACAACUAAUAAAAGCCCAGCAGAAUUAUUAAUGGGAAGAAAACUGAGAUCUAGUCUAGAUAGACUACACCCCACAUAUAGGUGUACUCUUGGUGGCAAAGGUGAAAGUCUGGUGGCCACGUCUGGCGGAUUUUUAGGGUUGACAGGUACUCUUGGUGGCAAAGGUGAAAGUCUGGUGGUCACUUCUGGUAGCCUUUUAGGGUUGGAACAGUACUCUUGCUUCCACAGUGUCAAAGGGCAUCAGGAAGCUGUUGGAAAGGGUGUUGCAGAGGCAUAUGCCUGUAUAGAGCAUCUUGGCAGACGUCUGGUGGUUGCUGGUGGCUGUUUAGGGUGUCCUAGCAAAAGUUUACUGAUCAGCGGUGGCCUUCUAAGCUGGAACGUCAUUCUUGCUUUCGAUGGUGCUAAAGGGCAUUGGAAGGUGGUUGGAAUGGAUGGUGCUAAGGCAUUUGCCUGGGUUGGAUCCUGCAUCUGA